GCAGCACCACUACCACCAGCAGCAGCAGCAGCACCACCAGCAGCUAAACGUGAGAUCGCUGCAAAGUAUCUAUCGAGGCAGAAUCGGUCCGUGCAUUGCGUCGCCUCCCACGGCUUUAAAGCUGAGAAGAGGAUCAUCAAAAUGAGCAUAAAUAGGAAUUUGAACCAUACUUCGCACAGGCACUGUGAAACGUGUUUCAAUCGUUACUGCAGGAAGUCCUUUGAGCAUGCCGUUUCUUGUUUGGUUGUUGAUUGUUCCUCCAAAUGUGGUGCCACAUUUCACCUCUGUAAGGAGGAAGAACACAAGCUGCUGUGUCCGCGGGAACAUGUCCCAUGUCUGAACUCAGCCUAUGGCUGCCCUUUCUUCAUGGCCCGCUCCAAACUCGGUAAACACCUACACAUUUGUCCCGCCAGUGUUGUGGCGUGCUCCAUGGAAUGGAAUCGAUGGCCGGUCAGUGAAAGUCACAAAACUCUACAAAAGAACAUCCUUAAAGAGCCAACAAAUUUAGAGAAUUUAGCCACAGCCAUGGCCAUGAGGGAUCAAAGGAUACUCUUUAACUCGAUAAAGAUGGCUGAACUCUUCCCAGAGAUGACGGAGAGAGAUGAAGAGAAUGACUUAGAUUUGAGUGAAGUUGGGGCUGUGGGGGGCCAGUCAGGGGCUUCAGCACUGGACCCCCAUCUACUUGAAACAGGAACACAGGAAUCCGAUGAAGAUAAGGAAGAGGUAGUGGAUCUCACUGAUGAAGAACGCAAAGCUCUUGCGAAGGACAAGAGUGUUGUUUGCAAUGAUUUAAAUAGGUACGAUGUUUGGGAGAAGAUUUUCAGCAAAGAAAAAAGAAGUUGUAAAAUUACUGAAGCUAAUUCUUUGAAGGUUAAAACUAAGCAACCAUCAAGUAGUACUGAUAAUAAGAAGGAACGGUGUGAAAAUAAAAGCAAUUCACCGGACCUUCCUUCGCUUGUGAAAGCUGAAAGAAAAGGUGGUGCGCCUUGGAACGAAGGAGUUCUGGACAGGCUAAGCAGUCAGCUGGAUAGCAGAAGCUUCACUAUGUACUUGUUACAUCAUGGUCGCAUGCUGAUCCGAUUUGGGCAAAUGAGUGCGUGCACACCAAAAGAAAAAGAUUUUGUGUACGGGAAUCUGGAGCCCCAGAUUGUUAGAACCGUCAAUACUUUCAAGGUUCCCAUCAGCUAUCAUACCAAGCGUAAUCAGAUGUUAGGUGUAAUGAAGCGCAAAGUGGAGAACAAAGCUGUGGAUACUUCUGACUUGGAAACAGAAAUGCAACAAAAUGAUGAAGUUAGUGUUUCGAUGCUUUGUUCUUUAGAAGGAAUGUUAAAAGGCCAUAUAAUAUCAGAAACAAAGGCCACUGAUGGAUGCUUUGUUGACAUUGGGACCCAAGCUUACUCUUUCCCCUCUGCUCCCUUCAGGCAGGAUGUGGUUUUAGCUGACGUAGCAGCAGAAAGAAGUUCAUCUCUGCAUCUGGAACUACAGACAGAGUGUAUAACACGGAGAUAUAACAGAUUGAGUUCUACUUUCAAAUUUACAUGCCAGCAAUUUUUCAGGCGGGAUGAAUUUUCAUCUCAUUUCAAGAAUGUGCACACCGACAUUCAGUCCAGUCUGAACGGAUGGAUGGAACAGAGAUGUCCUCUGGCUUAUCUUGGCUGUCCCUACUCACAGCAGAGAUUCUGCCCCUCCAGGCCGAAAGCAAAAGUGGUGUACAACCAUGACCAGAGCACAUUUGCCAUCAGACCGUACAUCUCUCCAGUUCUGCAUCGCAGCUGUGAAGAAAAACUCAAUGUUUCAAAAAGAAGCAAGAAAAUGGAUGCCUUAAGUAGCCUUCCAUCUGAGAUAGUGAGGCACAUUGCGUGCUUCCUAGAUAGCUAUAGCCUCUCCCAGUUCUCCCAGGUAUCUGUGCUGAUGAAUGAUGUCUGCACAACUCUACUGUCACAGCGUGGCAUGGUCUCUCUCGUUUGGGAAAAGAAGAGUUACUCAGCAGGGAGCUUUUCUUGGAGAGCUCGAAAAAGGAGGUGGCAGUUUAGCUCUGUCUUCUCAACCAUAGACCACUGGAGGUUUGCUGACAUCCCCAGCAUGGGAGAGCAUCUGAAAUCCUGUUUGUACUACAUGACUGAAUGUAGGUCAACGCCUGUCCCUCUGACCAGUAUGUGCAUGACUGAGGGGCAAAAACAAGAGAAAAACACCUUGGUUGAAACACUUAAGAGAAAAAAAAUAUCAAGACUCUCCAGUUUAACUAUAUGAAAUAGUUUACUCCAGUUUGUUGGUAUUUCAUACAAUGCCAUUACAAAUUGAAUAACCCAUACAUGGUGAGUAUGUAGUAUGCAAAUCACGUAACUUCAUUAACCUAAAAGCUUCCUGUUUUAUGUAUUUUGUAACAGAAGACAAGGUACCUGAGAGGGGGCUGAUUACAUUGUGGCUUGAAACAUGUUAGCCUCUUACCAGUAGUUCUUGUGAUCAGUUGUCGAGGUGCAUUGGAAUCUUUUACAUACACCAAGUCAGAAUGGAUAAAACACAUUGGUCAAGGUACCAAAGGCUGCUGGUGUCUGUGGAAUUGUACCCUGGCGAGAGAAAGUAUUUUUUCAUUCACCAACUGCUGCCUUGUUUAAGUGUAACUUUUAAGUCAUUAAGUUUUGGUUUAAAAAUCUGGGACUUCAGUGUGCUGAAAUCCAAUCCUUCCUCCUUGCAGACCAUGAAUGCUAACUCCUUGGUAUGGUGUUGUAAUAGAGGAUGCGAAAGGAUAAAAAUUUACCAUUACUAGCUUUGCUAGUCCAAGCCCUCCACUAACAAUCCUGCAAUGAUGAAAUUUCAUUCAAUCAUAGUGAUGAUCUUUUUAUUAUAAAAGGGCUUUUAAAGGAUGUCAGAAUAAAGCAAUUUUGAAUGAACAUAUGGUCCGUACAAUAUAUUGUCAAAGUAACCAGUGAAGAGAAGUGUGACAAAUUGACAUGGAUCUCAGAUAAAAAUUGAUCUUCUACAAAUAUUUUAUGUAAAAAAAAAACUCGAGAAAGUAUAAAUAGCAUCUCAGAAAGAUGAAGGUGAUUAUAAGAUCCAACACACACCAAUUGAUCCACAUUAGGAGCUUUUUUUACAUCUUUAUAAUCGGAUAUAAUGCAAUGUUUGCUAGUGUUAGCAAUCUCUUACAUUACGCAGCCAUAACUAUGAUGUUUCAGUAUAACUGUUUAUAUUGAACUGUGUUUUUUUUAACUGUUUGCAAAAUCAUCAUACGUCAAAACAUGUUGCCAAUAAAAUUCUUUCUAAACCUUG